AUGUCCUCCGUCACCGUUGAGCCACUCCUCCGAUAUCACCACCGGACGGAGGUUUCUGGACUCCGGAAGGUUGCGAAUUCCUGCUACUCUUCUUCUUCGCUGAAUUGUUCGCGGCAGAAGCUGUUUCAUCGCGGGAAAUGCAAGCUACGUCUGCGUCGUCGGCCCGCUGCUCCCGUCGUGAUCAAAGCUAGUAGCUCUUCUUCUUCUAAUACUGCGCUCGCGGAGACUUUCGAGUCCUCCGGAGAUGUGUUUUUCCGGCACAGCUUCCCUGUCACCCGAACUGAAACGGUUGAAGGGAAGAUUUUUGUGCGCAUAGAUCAGGAAAACGGGAAAGGUAAUUGGCAUCUGACUGUGGGAUGUAGCCUUCCUGGGAAAUGGAUUCUUCAUUGGGGAGUCUCUUAUGUUAAUGAUAUUGGCAGCGAAUGGGAUCAACCUCCAAAGCAUAUGAGACCUUCUGGUUCCGUACCAGUCAAGAAUUAUGCAAUAGAGACACCUUUAAAGAAAGCAUCUGGUGAUGAUUCAUUUUAUGAAGUGAAGAUUGAUAUUGAUCCCAAGAGUGCAAUUGCUGCCAUAAAUUUCGUCCUAAAGGAUCAAGAAACUGGAGCAUGGUAUCAACAUAAGGGAAGAGAUUUUAAGGUGCCUCUCGUAGAUUACCUUCUUGAAGAUGGCACUGUAUUUGGCGCAAACAGCUUCAAUAUUUGGCCAGGGCCUUUCUUUUCCAACAUAUUGCUCAAACCAGAAACACAAGACCAUACCCAGGAGCCCAACAAUGUUAAAAAGGAAGAGAGGAAAGUAGAAGGGAUUUAUGAAGAGCAGCCCAUUGCCAAACAUACUGCUAUAGAAAACUCUGUUACUGUUUCAGUUAGAAGGUGCCCUGAGACGUCUAAGAAUCUCCUUUAUCUUGAAACUGAUCUACCUGAAGUUGUUGUUCACUGGGGAGUGUGCAGAGAUGCUGCUAAAAAUUGGGAAAUUCCACCUGGCCCUCAUCCACCAGAAACAGUUAUAUUCAAGGAGAAGGCUUUGCGGACUUUGUUGCAGGCAAAGGAGGAUGGACGUGGAUGUUCGGGGUUAUUUACCUUGGAUGAGGGUCUUGCAGGCUUUCUUUUUGUACUCAAGCUAAAUGAUAAUACUUGGUUGAAAUGUAAGGGAAAUGACUUUUAUGUCCCACUCUCAAGUUCAAGUAGCUUGCUUGCUCAGUUCACUCAGGAACACGCUAAAGAUUCACCAGUCUCUGUAAAGGCUCUAGAUCAAAAUCAAGGUUCUGAUACUGCCUUCACUAAUGAGAUAAUUAAAGAAAUAAGGAACUUGGUGAGUGGAAUUUCUUCUGACAACAGUCGGAAGGUGAAAACUAAAGAAGCACAAGAAAGCAUACUUCAGGAGAUUGAGAAAUUGGCUGCUGAAGCCUACAGCAUCUUCAGAAGCUCCAUACCAACUUUCAAAGAAGAGGUUGUUUAUGAAGAAGAGCUGGAGAAAUCGCCUCCUAAAAAGAGCUCUGGUACUGGGAGUGGUUAUGAAAUAGUGCUUCAGGGGUUCAAUUGGGAAUCCCAUAAAUCUGGAAGAUGGUAUAUGGAGCUCAAAGAGAAGGCAGAAGAUAUAGCUUCACUUGGGUUCACAGUUGUGUGGUUGCCUCCACCUACAGAGUCAGUGUCACCUGAAGGCUACAUGCCAAAGGAUCUGUAUAAUUUGAACUCCAGAUAUGGAAACAUUUAUGAGCUCAAGGAACUUGUCGGAAAGCUUCAUGAAUCAGGCCUCAAAGUUCUUGGAGAUGCUGUCCUAAACCAUCGAUGUGCUCAGUAUCAGAACCAAAAUGGAAUAUGGAACAUCUUUGGUGGUCGCUUAAAUUGGGAUGAUCGAGCAAUUGUUGCUGAUGAUCCACAUUUCCAGGGUAGGGGAAACAAGAGCAGUGGGGACAACUUUCAUGCUGCCCCAAACAUUGAUCACUCUCAGGAUUUUGUGAGGAAAGAUAUAAAAGAAUGGAUGAGCUGGCUAAGAGAAGAAAUUGGUUAUGAUGGUUGGCGCCUUGAUUUUGUUAGAGGGUUUUGGGGUGGCUAUGUAAAGGAUUACAUGGAUGCAACCAGUCCUUAUUUUGCAGUUGGCGAGUAUUGGGAUUCCCUCAGUUAUACUUAUGGUGAAAUGGAUCACAAUCAAGAUGCACAUCGACAAAGAAUUAUUGAUUGGAUAAACGCGACAAGUGGAUCUGCGGGUGCAUUUGAUGUCACCACAAAAGGGGUGCUUCAUGAGGCACUGGAAAGAUGCGAGUACUGGCGUUUGGCAGAUGAGAAGGGAAAGCCUCCAGGAGUUGUUGGAUGGUGGCCAUCUCGUGCUGUUACAUUUGUGGAGAAUCAUGACACUGGCUCAACACAGGGUCACUGGAGAUUCCCAGGUGGAAAGGAAAUGCAAGGAUAUGCCUACAUCCUGACUCACCCAGGAACACCUGCAGUAUUCUUUGACCACAUCUACUCCUCUAAUUAUCGAUCUGAAAUUGCUGCUCUCAUCGCUUUCAGAAACCGCCACAAAAUCCAUUGCCGCAGUGUGGUAGAAAUUUCCAAGGCAGCAAGAGAUGUGUACGCAGCCAUCAUCGACAAGAAAAUAGCAGUGAAGAUUGGUCCAGGCCAUUUCGAACCCCCUAAUGGCCCACGCAAAUGGUCACCGGCUCUCGAGGGAAGGGAUUACAAGAUCUGGGAGUCGUCCUAA